CCCAGCAAGACUGAUUCUGCAAUAAGUAAUGUCACUAAUGUGCUACAUGGGCCUAGUCGCCCAGGAAACAGCGAGUUGGGCCUUGGCCCUUGCGAGACCUCCGAUGAAGAGAGUAUUUCAAAGCUAGAGAGGCUAGAGGGACUGAUCGUGCAUGACUAUACCGAUAGUGAUGAACACUCUGACAGUGUAGACGUGACUGUACUCAGACGAGAUGCUCCAGGAACAUUAUGGGAUGAAUUACGAACCAUUCAUUUCGAAUGUAAGUUAACGCGAGAUGCUACAAACAGAAUAUUGCGUGCUCUGUCUAAAUAUGGAAUAGGAUCAUUGCACACACUGCCACUUGACUGUAGAACCUUAACAAGUAUAGCUGGGGGCGCGGCAAUGGGCAAUGGCAUUUUUACGCGUUCAGGCGUAGAGUACUAUUACUUUGGCGUCGAAAGCCAAAUAAAAUCGAUACUAAGAAGGUAUCCCUUACAAGUAAGAUCACAGUUAAAGGAGAUUACUAUCUCCCAAAACUUAGAUGGGAUACCUUUAUUUAAAAGUUCUGGUAGUCAACAGAUCUAAACCGUUGGCAAGCACUCAUAACGUCGUAGCCAGCACCAGUUCUGGUGGGAAGCCUAGAUACUCUCUCUUCGACUUUCUAAGACUACGGCCUCAGAGCACCCUGACAGUGCUAUCAAAAUGGAUCGUUAAGAAGUCAUCUUUGAAAGGCAAAGAAAAAGAGUUAAUUCAGGACUUCAACAAGAAAGAGGCAGAUUGUUCAUUUGUGUGCUGGUAUCCGCCGCAGCAGGAUUAUGAUUGCAAACGAAUCGCCACACUCAUCAAAAACGACAGCAACCCUGGACCACAUUGGCUGCCUGAACCAGGAGUCAUCUUUGGCCAAUACAAAACUUAUGAGGAGUGCCAACACGUCGUCGACGAAAUGGUAUCAAGUGAAAAUGUCGAAAGUCAGGCUUUGGCGAUGUUGCGGCAAUGUGAUAAGGAACAAAAAAGGAAGGCAAGAACGAUGGAAACAAAUGCAGAAGAAACUGCUAAAGAAAAAACUGCAGUACGUCCAACUGAAAAAGAUCCUGGUACAGCUCACGAAACUGCAAAGAAAAUACAUGCGGAGGCCCCGCUUGGUGCUACAGAGGUAGACGAGAGGCCGGUCGUCAGAUCACCUCUGGCCAUUUCUCGGCCCGAGAGGGAGGACGUCGUCAGAUCACGUCCCCUGGCCAGUUCUCCGACCGAGAGGGACCUGGUCGUCAGAUCACCUAUGGCCAGUUCUACGGCCGAGAGGGAGGUCGUCAGAUUACCUCUGGCCAGUUCUCAAGAUGUCAACAGAGCUGAAGGCAGACGAGACGCCAUUGACGUCUUUAGAGCAGAUACACCCAGUACGUCUGAUGAAGAACCCAGUGACGUACAAGUCCUGCCCGAGAAACAGCUGCCACAACAAAUACAAGAAAUUUUGAAUGUCGUACUAAAACAUGUAAGCAAAAAAUUUGAGGAAGUAAGCAAAAAAUUUGAGGAAGUGAAAACUUCUGUGGAUAACCUUCAGAAACAGCUGCAACCAGUACUUCCAGGACCUUCGCAGCGGGUGACUGACGGUGAGACACCUCUCCCUACCGGAUUUGUGCCUGUCCUUCCAAAGGACCCCUAUGAAGUGCUAACAUACUUCGGUUUUCCUGCUAGCACACCCGACAGUCUCGUAUCAAAACACAGGCACUACUUUCUUGGCAAUGCAUCGACAGAGCCAAUGAGAACUCACCGGUUGGCACUGAGGAAGGCAUUAGUUCAGCUAUGCCCGUUGCCCAAGCCUCAGUCGGGAAAAGGUGGCCUGACCCCCUCCAUCCGCCAACUCCUACAUUAUUUAGCACCCAGAGAUGUCUGGGUGCACUUCUGUUUGAAGGGCUACUCCAAAUCUAAGAGAAAUAUGGAGUCUGAAAUGCCGAAAUUUGUGCGCAUGAUUCAGGCGACAAUGAGCAUAAAACGCCAAGUCGACGAGUCGACGGUGAACGCUCAUUUAUCGGAGGCAUUAAGGAAAGAAAGUGACAGAUCAGGCUUCCGUAACACGGCGCGACCCAAGAAAACGACAGCACCAAACACAAGCACACCGUCCACGUCGGACGUACCAGGAACGUCAGGGCAUGGGACUGGUCAAGACGAGGGAGAAAGUGACCCCGAUUAUAUCGACAACGAUGCGGAAAGUAUCGUACCGCUGUCGAGUGGUAAUGAUACCGACAGGGCUACAGAUGAACGGUACUCGGACGAUGAAGAAUCAAUCACUGAAUAACAAAGUAUAUAUAGAUACUGA